AUGCCAGAGGAAGAUAUCGAUAAGAGAUUAGCUGAAGAAGUGGGCAGUUUAUCCACACGAUUAGUUACUGCUGUUAACAAACAAGUUGAAUUGGAAGAAACCAUAUUACAUCUACGUAAACAACUAUCUACAGUUCAAGAUCAGAAUAAGAAAUUGAUAGCCAAUGAUAAGAAAUUGAAUGAAAUAUUACCUAAAUAUAACCAAUUGACUAAAGAUUAUCAGGAAUUGAAAGUCAAGAAGGAAACGGCUGAACAAGAAAAUAGCAAAUUACAAACAGAAGUUGAAGAUUUAACUGCUAGUUUAUUUGAUGAAGCUAAUACUAUGGUUAGUAAUGCUAGUAGAGAAACUCAUAAUUUUAAAAUUAAAAAUAAGAAAUUGUAUGAAGAAUUGGAAGAAAAAGAUAAUAUCAUUGCUAAUUUACAAGAGCAAUUACAAGAUUUAAAAUCAAUGUUUAUUAAAAUUGAAGAAGAAAGUAAAAUGAAUCUGUAUCUGAAUGCAACUACUCCUAAAAUUGAACAAAAUUUGGAGUUUACUACUACUACCACUAUCACCACCACUACUAGUACUCAAGAUGAUUUAAGUGAAACAACUACAAGAAGUGAUGAUUUACAACUUCAACCACAACAACUGACAUAUCAAUUUCAACAAUUACAAAGUAUAAUUUAUUCCCCAAAUAUUUCAUCAAUUAGAUUUGAUUUAAAUAAUUUUAAUUUGGAUUUUAAAGUUUUCGUAUAUCAAUUAAUUAAACCUGAUUUUCAAUUAGAUUUAUCUCAUUUGAAAAAUUUGAUCUUUUUUAAAAAUAUUUGGACUAAUGAAAUUGAAAAUUGUAUUAAUCAUAUUCCAUCAAUUCCAUCAAAUACUUUGUUAAAUAGAUGGCAAAAGGGUAAAACAUUUUGGAGUUGUUUAAUUGAUGGUAAAGUUUCAAUUGAACCAGUUAAAGGUACUAAUGAAAAUUUUAAAAUCACGUAUAAAGGUAAAACUAAAUUAAAUGAAAAAAUUGCUCCUGUUGCUAUACAAGAUCCUUGUACAUUUUGUGGAGAAUCAAGAAAUGAUAAUUUAGAACAUUGUCGAUUAUAUCAUUUUAAAAUCUUUGAAACUGAAGAAAAUUUAGCUAUAAGUUAUCCAUUAUGUAAUUAUUGUGUUAUUAAAUUAAGAAAUUUAUGUGAUUUCUUUGCUAAGAUUAGAUUAAUUAAAUCAAAUAUUUUUAAAUUGAAGCCUAAUGAUAAAUUUGAUGAUUUCACAAGUACAAAUGCAUCAUUCCCACAAUUUAAAAGAACAAAUUCCCUUUCUGGAUCAGGUAAUAAAUCAUCAACUAAUUUAUCAUCAUUGUCAUCCAAUACAAAUACAAAUUAUGAAUCUCAUAAUGGUUUAGUACAUGAUAUUAAAUUGGAUAGAAUUGAAGAAAGUAAAUUAAUUAAAUUAUAUAUAAUGCUUCUAUUAAUUAGAAUUAAAAUUUUUUGGAGUAAAUUGGGAUUUUGGGAUAAUAUAGAUCAAAUUAGUGAAGUUAAUUUAGAUGAAAUUCAUUAUGAAACUUUUAUUUAUUUAUUACCUCAUGAUUAUUCAAAUAGUCAAAGUCAAAUUAAUACUCCUAGACAAUCAAUGGAUGGUAAAAGUUCCAUUCAACAACUGCUUAAUGAUGGUGCUAAUUCAAGAAAGAGAGAUAGUACAAUGACAAAAGAAAGCAAGAAGGAAGAACAGCCUGAAAAGUCUCCACAACCAAAGGAACAAGCAGACCAACCAAAAGAACAACCUGAGCAACAAUCACAAGAACAUGCAGAAGAACAACCCAAGGAACAACUGGGAGAACAAACACAAGAUGAGCCAAAGGAAGAAGAAACAACCAAAAUUUCAAUUUCAAAAAAUUCAAUACAAAAUGAUGAUAAUGAUUCAGAUGAUUCAGCAGAAUUUACUGAUUCAAUAGAUGAUUUUGAACCAGUUUCUAAAAAAUCAAACAUUGAAGGUUUGAAAAGAUCAAAUUCAAAAAGUAAAGAUUUUUCUAAAAAAUUAAAUCAAGAAUUAGAUCACACUUUAGAAAUGUUGGCUGAAAAUAUGGAUGAAAAUACAUAA